AUCUAGGGUUAGGGCUUUACCACCCACAAAGCAUAGCAAACUCUUCUAUCAAUGUCCUCUCUCUAUUCCUGUCACUCACUCUCAAACUAAUUACCUUCCUUUGAUGAAACCCAGUCCCUGUUUAGCUAUUUGGGGAGAGUCUAAUUAGGAUUGGGGAUCUGAUCGGUCCGAUUGAAAUAAUGAGGAAGCGCCAGGUUGUCGUGAGGAGAGAAGAACCUUCAUCUAACACCAUUAGGAACGUGAGAUACGUAGAGUGCCAGAAGAAUCAUGCCGCCGGAGUCGGAGGGUAUGCUGUUGAUGGGUGCAGGGAGUUCAUGGCGAGUGGAGAGGAGGGCACAGCUGCACUCACCUGCGCCGCCUGUGGCUGCCACCGGAACUUCCACCGAAGAGAAGUUGAGACUGUGUGCGAGUGCUCUUCACCUACUUCAACCGAGGCUUGAUCUUCAAGAAUAAGUAAUAGCACUUGAUUUAUUUGUUUUAUUUUACUGGUGGAGUUAAUUAAUGCAUGAUGUAGUACUAUUGGUAUUCACUGCUUGCUGUGUUUCUCUUCUUCUUUUCUGGGGGUUUGAGAGUGUUGUUUGUUAGUUUUCUGGUUUGAUAUGAAAAUGAGUAGACCGUCUAUUAUAUA